AUGGGCGCUAUUCCAGAAAGCAACGUGGAUGUUCUCAUUGUUGGAGCUGGGCCUGCGGGCCUGAUGAUGGCGACAUGGAUGGCCAAAUGCGGCAUCAACGCGCGCAUAAUCGACAAAAGAGGAACAAAAAUCUUCAACGGACAGGCAGAUGGCCUCCAAUGCCGCACUCUUGAGAUUCUUGAUUCGCUAGGAUUUGGGCAUAGGGCAUGGCGCGAAGCAAACCAUAUGCUCGAGAUCUGUCUUUGGAACCCGGAUGAGAAUGGAGUUAUCAGACGAAGUGAUCGCAUUCCAGACACGAUACCUGGCAUCAGUCGCUUCCAGCAAGUUGUCUUACACCAAGGCCGGAUCGAGAGGUUUUUCCUCGAUGCAAUCGCAGAGGCAAGCGACAUUCGCGUUGAGCGAGGGGUGAUGCCGUCCAGUCUCAAAAUCGACGAAUCUGUGGUAGAAGACGACGCCGCCUAUCCUAUUACUGUGACUUUGAGGCAUCUUACGGAGGAAGAAGCCACCCCGAAGCAAUCUUCAACAUCCGCCAAUGGCCAAGGUGUACAAGACGGAAUUUUUCGCAGUAACCUUGCCAAAGACGACACUCAGGAUCUGCUUGAUACAUCAAAAAUUAAUGCAAAGGCAAAUAGCGAGGAAGUAGUUCACGCAAAGUACAUGGUUGGUGCUGAUGGUGCACACUCGUGGACGCGCAACCAGAUUGGCCUCAAACUUGAGGGUGAUUCGACCGACUAUAUCUGGGGAGUUUUGGACAUUGUACCAAUUACGGACUUUCCGGAUAUCAGAAUGAGAUGCGCAAUUCAUUCCGCGAACUGCGGGAGCAUUAUGGUUAUACCAAGAGAAAAUAAGCUUGUUCGGCUUUAUAUCCAGCUAACCACCACCGAAAAGACUGGAGACAACUCGAGUAGAGCAGAUCGAUCUAAGAUCAAUCCUCAGGUGAUUCUAGAAUCUGCGCAAAAGAUUCUGGCACCUUACAAGAUUACCUACCGUAAGCUUGAUUGGUGGACCGCAUAUCAAAUUGGUCAGCGGGUUGGAACAUCGUUUUCCGUGCAUGAACGCGUCUUUUUGGCCGGUGAUGCAGUGCACACUCACAGCCCCAAAGCAGGACAGGGAAUGAAUGUUAGCAUGCAAGACAGUUUCAAUCUCGGUUGGAAGAUUGCCAGCGUUGUCAAAGGUCACGCCCACCGAUCAAUUUUAAAAACAUACCAGUCAGAAAGACGUCGCAUUGCGCAAGAUCUCAUCGCGUUCGACCACAAGUUCUCCAGACUCUUUUCCGGUCGGCCUGCCAAAGAUGUCAUGGAUGCGGAGGGUAUCAGUAUGGAGGAGUUCAAAGCGGCAUUUGAGAAGGGCAACAUGUUUGCUAGUGGUACUGCUGUAAACUAUGGUGCGAGCACUAUUGUUGCAAAAGAAGGCAGUAGCACGGAGCAAGGUGAUGGUACAGAUGUAUCUGUCGCGAAUGCAAAGCAUCAGGUCAUUUCUGACCAGUCUCUGUGCAGCGGGAUAACAGUGGGAAUGCGUAUUCCAAGUCACAAAGUUCUCAACCAAGCCGAUGCCCGGCCCUGGCAUCUCCAUGAAGUGCUUCCUAGCAAUGGGCGCUGGCGAGUAGUGGUUUUUCCUGGAAAUACCAACGAUAACCGUCAGCGGGACAAACUUUGGAAGCUUUCGGAGGCUUUCAGUGCCCGCAAUUCUUUCUUGAGCCUCUACAAUCCUAAGGGAGCCAGAUACGACGAAGUAUUUGAAGUUCUUCUUAUCCACAAUGCUCCACGUACGAGCGUCAAUGUCCUCGACUUCCCUGAAGUGUUCCGCCCCUAUGACGAAGUUGAUGGCUGGGACUACAACAAAAUAUUUGUGGAUGAUGUUUCUUACCACGAAGGGUUUGGAAACAUUUAUGGGGCCUUGAAUAUCUCACAGAGUGGAUGCAUUGUGAUAAUUCGACCGGACCAGUACGUGUCGUACGUUGGGCCAAUGGAGGAGCCAGCCGCAGUCAAUAGCUUUUUUGCAGGGUUUAUGAAGGAACAAAAUGCAUCGGAUGAGGGAUAG